CGCUAAAUGGAACGCAGCCGCAGUCAGUCUGGUUCCUGUUAUUCAGGGCUUGUAGUGCUAACUGUGUAGCACAACAACUUUAACAAAGUUGCUCCUCAUAACUGCGGUAUCCUUCUUAGUCGCAGAAAUAGUUCGCAUUAAAACGGAGUGAACAAAAUGCCCGCGGUCUCUAAAGGGGAUGGAAUGCGUGGUUUGGCUGUGUUCAUUUCAGACAUCAGGAACUGUAAAAGUAAGGAGGCAGAAGUGAAGAGGAUAAACAAAGAGCUAGCCAACAUCCGUUCCAAAUUUAAAGGAGACAAGGCUUUGGACGGCUACAGUAAAAAGAAAUAUGUGUGCAAACUGCUCUUCAUCUUCCUUCUGGGCCAUGAUAUCGACUUUGGACACAUGGAGGCUGUCAACCUGCUUAGCUCCAACAAAUACACCGAAAAGCAAAUUGGUUACUUGUUCAUCUCCGUGCUGGUGAACUCCAACAGUGACCUCAUCCGUCUGAUCAACAACGCCAUCAAGAACGACCUCGCCAGCCGCAACUCGACCUUCAUGAACCUAGCCCUGCACUGCAUCGCUAACGUGGGGAGCAGAGAGAUGGCCGAGGCUUUUGCUUCGGAGAUUCCCAGAAUCUUGGUGGCAGGGGACACCAUGGACAGCGUGAAGCAGAGCGCUGCGCUGUGUCUGCUGCGGCUCAACAGGACUUCUCCUGACCUGGUGCCUAUGGGGGAGUGGACAGCACGGGUCGUCCACCUGCUCAAUGAUCAGCACCUGGGAGUAGUCACAGCAGCCACCAGCCUCAUCACCACCCUGGCCCAGAAGAGUCCAGACGACUUUAAGACGUCCGUGUCCCUGGCUGUGGCCAGGCUCAGUAGGAUUGUGACCUCUGCAUCCAUCGACCUGCAGGACUAUACAUACUACUUUGUUGCUGCGCCUUGGUUGUCUGUCAAACUGCUGCGCUUGCUGCAGUGCUACCCUCCUCCUGAGGACACAUCACUGCGAAGUCGUCUGACCGAGUGUCUGGAGACCAUCCUUAAUAAAGCCCAGGAGCCGCCCAAGUCCAAGAAGGUGCAGCAUUCCAAUGCAAAAAACGCUGUUCUGUUUGAAGCCAUUGCCCUCAUCAUCCACCAUGACAGUGAACCCAAUCUGUUGGUACGAGCCUGCAACCAGCUGGGCCAGUUCCUGCAGCACAGAGAAACUAACCUCCGUUAUCUGGCCUUGGAGAGCAUGUGCACGCUGGCCAGCUCCGAGUUCUCCCACGAAGCCGUGAAGACGCACAUCGAAACUGUCAUCAAUGCCCUAAAGACUGAGAGAGAUGUGAGCGUGCGCCAGCGGGCCGUCGACCUUCUCUACGCCAUGUGUGACCGCAGCAACUCCAAGCAGAUUGUAGCGGAGAUGCUGAGCUACUUGGAGACGGCAGACUACUCAAUCAGAGAGGAGAUUGUGCUGAAGGUGGCCAUCCUGGCCGAGAAGUAUGCGGUGGACUACACCUGGUACGUGGACACCAUCCUCAACCUGAUCCGCAUCGCCGGCGACUACGUGAGCGAGGAGGUGUGGUACCGCGUCAUCCAGAUCGUCAUCAACCGGGACGACGUCCAAGGCUACGCUGCCAAGACCGUGUUUGAGGCCCUUCAGGCUCCAGCCUGCCAUGAGAAUCUGGUGAAAGUGGGUGGUUACAUUCUGGGAGAGUUCGGAAACCUGAUUGCUGGUGACCCUCGCUCCAGCCCUCUGGUCCAGUUCAACCUGCUUCACUCCAAGUUCCACCUGUGCUCGGUGCCGACCCGGGCCCUGCUGCUCUCCGCUUACAUCAAGUUCAUCAACUUGUUCCCGGAGGUGAAAGGCACAAUCCAAGAUGUCCUCCGCUCAGACAGCCAGCUUCGCAACGCCGACGUGGAGCUCCAGCAGAGGGCAGUGGAGUACCUGAGGCUCAGCUGCAUCGCCAGCACCGACAUACUGGCCACCGUGUUAGAAGAAAUGCCUCCGUUCCCAGAGAGAGAGUCUUCCAUCCUGGCCAAGCUGAAGAAGAAGAAGGGCUCCAGCAAAUUGCCCGACAUGGACGAUUCCCGAAAGAAUGUCAACGGCAGCACCGAACACGCCGAGGACGCCGAAGUGGCCAGCAAGCCUCCUCAGUUUCUGUUGGAAGAGCUCAUUUCCACAGACAGACCCCACCCCUCCUCUAGCGCCACCAUGCUCCCCACCAGAACCAUGGUUCCCAGCCACACCUUCACUGACGACCUGAGUGUGAACUCAGCCCCGUCCUCAGGAGCCAGCCUGCUGGUGGACGUCUUCUCUGACUUCAGCAGCGCUGCACCCACAGAGGGCUCAGACGAACACUUUCCCAGGUUUGUGUGCAAAAACAAUGGUAUUAUCUACGAGAACCAGCUUCUCCAGAUUGGGCUGAAGUCUGAGUACCGGCAGAACCUGGGUCGCAUGUAUGUGUUCUAUGGCAACAAGACCUCCACACAGUUCCUGAGCUUCUCCACAUCAGUGAGCAGUAACGACGUCCUCGGCUUACAGCUGAAUGUCCAGGAAAAGCCAGUAGACCCGCUUAUUGAGGCUGGAGCUCAGGUCCAGCAGAUCCUCAACAUCGAGUGUGUGUCUGAUUUCUCAGAUGCUCCUGUCCUCAACAUUCAGUUCAGAUAUGGUGGAACACUGCAGAACAUCGCAGUCAAACUCCCUGUGAUGCUGAAUAAGUUCUUCCAGCCCACGGAGAUGACGUCCCAAGACUUCUUCCAGCGCUGGAAGCAGCUUGGAGCUCCUCAACAAGAGGUACAGAAAAUCUUCAAAGCCAAAAACCAGAUGGACACAGAUGUUUCCAAAGCCAAGCUGUUGGGUUUCGGUGUAGCUCUGUUGGACGGUGUGGAUCCUAAUCCGGCGAACUUCGUUGGAGCUGGAAUCAUCCACACUAAGACCACUCAGGUGGGCUGCCUGCUCAGGCUGGAGCCCAACACACAAGCACAGAUGUACCGCCUCACCUUGCGGACCAGUAAGGAGUCUGUAUCUCAGCGGCUGGUUGAGCUGCUGUCUGAACAGUUUUAGCCUCCACACAGGGCCUGCAUUUUUACACUUUCUUACUCUCACUUCAAAUCAAAAAAAGAUGUAUUGUACAGUGUACAUUUUUUUUGUUUUAUUUACAUGCUUUAUAUCCUAGUGAGAGGGAAAAGUCUUUUUUGCACAUAACUCUAGUAAUGCCUCAUUGCUUUAAAGCUGCGUCGUGUCUGUCCUCACACUGUGAUGAGGCUCAUGGGUUGGACUGGCAGCCUGAGCCGCCGGUACCGAGAGUCCGGGUCGUUGGUCUGGGAGUGUUUCACACAAUCAUUCUGCACUUGUUGGCUUAAAAACAUUUAUUACACAAGUCGCUCACAGAGAAUGCCAACACUUCAGCUGUUUGUUACAUGUCAUCUCAGGAGGAACAAUCCUUCUUAUUUAUAAAAAAAACAUUUUUUGUAUGUGUGGGUUUUGUUUCCUAACGCCCACUGCUGUUUUCUAGAAUCAUCUUACAGGGACUGUGAUUGAAAUAACAUGUUUAUGUCUAAAUAGAGAACUCCCAGGUCACUUUUGAGAAAUACUUCACAGACGAUACAAUGGUCUGUUUCUAAAGGGAUAAUUCUGAUUUUUUUGAAGAUGGGUUCUAUUGAGAAGUUUUGAGCAGUCAGUGUUUUACCUGAUGUAGAUAAUUGUUAGUGUUUGUGUUUUGCACAUAUACUGACGUGUUUUUUUUAACAACAUAGACAAGCAACACUGCAGCUAGAUUAUUUUAAUGUCUGUGGUCUGAGCUUUGCACCUCUACACACCGUAUGUAGCAACACGCGUACCAGAGAUAUGGCGUUUAAGCUGCUGCUAACUCAAAGUAGCUUCAGGUUGUUGGUCCGUUCUGACGGGUUUUAUCAGAGUUUUCUCCUGACUGCCUUUAAACGUUCAAUGGAGCCAGCUUUUAAAAAAACCUCAGCUCUAUUUUUAUUCUAUAAAUGUUUGCUCACACCAAGAACAGGAACUCUGCUGGUCAUGAAAGGUCGAUUAGAAAGGUGGACCGUCAACAGCACACUGUAACAGUUAUGUCACUGCCGUAUAUUAGACUUUUCUAGCUGUGUUUUAAAUCAAUCAACAUUGUUGGAUGUCUUUAUGCCUUUUCUGAUGUUGAAAUAACAGUUUUCAGUGGAAUCACUGGAGCUGGUUGUUGGUGUGAACAGCCUUUAAAGCACUGCCACAUUCUUUUUAUUUUGUCCUAAAGCAUUUCUUUUUAAUGUCCAUCUAGAAAUAUUUCUCUAUUAGUCACUGUUUGCUUGUGUGUUUUUAUAUUUGCUUAAAGAAUGCCUAUUUUUACACCUUUUUUAAUUAAAAUAACUCUUAACUGCAGCUCUGCUGGAAAAUUCCCCCUAGUAAUUUUAUGCCAUAUCUCAUUUUUAGCUCCACUUUUUUCCACCACUCAGCUAAACUGGAAUCCCAGAGCUGCACUGUUUACAUGUCGCUGCUGCCUUUUGCUCAUGGCUGGAUUAGAAAGUGACGUUAACCUUAGAGAAGAGCAGUCAGACUUACUGACGUCUCUUGACAUCAGCCUCCAGACGUUGUGUGGUGGUUCUGAUCCACGAACCCAAAGCCUGAAGCCAGACGUGAUGGGCUCACUGUCACGUUUUGACUUGAUGCUGUAAGAAAUGUGCUGAAAACAGCUGGACGUUAGAGAACCAGGGAGACCAGUGACCUCUGACCUCUGAGUAAUGUGAAGCACUGCUGCUUGUCCACCUGCAGCCUUAAACGUUUUCACAUACUCUCUGAUUCUGUUGUUUCCAACGUGAACAUUGUUUGUUUUAUGCUGUGAAUUGGAGUUUUAAUGCCAUAUUAUUCAUAAAUUGGUGAUUUAUUAAGCAAAUAAUGUCUGAUCAGUUUUGCUGUUUAUUUGCAGCAUUUCAGCUCCACGUGUAUUGUGAAUUUAAUCAGCGUGUCGUCGUUUAAGUGUUGGUGAUGGAAGGAAAGUGUUGCCGUUACCCAUAAGCCCCUGCUGCACCCUGAAUUAGAUUCAGACAUGUUGCAGCGGGUGUCCGGCUGUCUUGAGUUACAAAUCCACAAGUUGUAUGUUUCAGGCUUUGGUUUCAGUGAUUCACUCCACUGGUUUGGAGAUUAGCUGAAGCUUUGAACUCUGGGUAGGUUUCAUGUGUAGAGUUGCAUUGUAGUCAGUAAACUGAGAGAAAAUACUUUCUACAGUGAUGUUUGUUUGGUUAUGUUAAAGGUUUCCAGAAGCACUGUGAUCCAGUUUGACACUGAUCCCGUUUUUCCGUUUCUUCUUCGUUCUACAGAACACCAAGUGGAACAUUAGGUCCAUUUUAAUACUGCAGAUCAGGCUGACCUGAUUCUGAUAGAGCCAGAUCACAUCCUCCACACACACACACGCCCACACAUGUAAACACACACACACAGUGCCAGUCUGUUACUGGAGGGCCUUUUAGUGUAUUGCCACUACAUUUUGUCAUUCCCACACAGACCUUAUUUAAAGGGGCAGUAUUAUGUAAAUUUACUUUUCUUAAGCUUCACAUCAUGUUGUAAUGUUAUUCCCUCACCAUAAACACACCUGGAGUGUUGUCUUGAUUCUUUCAUGCAUGUUUGAGAAAUCCUUUCAUCUCCAUGGCAACCAUUCAGCUGUUCAAAACGUGUGGGUGGACCUAGCGGUCCAGCUCCUCCUCAGAGCUGACAUUUACAAGCUUCCUCACUGAGCAGCCCUCUGCCACUACUGCUCUACUCAGCUCCUUCAAACUAGCCAGCAAAAAUUAGCAAACACCUGGUUCAACUGUGCAUCUGCUGAGAAGCUGAUAUAAGGAGCUCAGCCUGAGCUCAUUAUAUGACCUUCUUCUUAGUUAAACACUGAGGUAAUAAUGUUGUUAAAGAGUUAAUAGAGCAGCCAUGUUGUGAUGACUUCCUGAAGGCAGAGGUUUCAAAGAGACAGAGGCCCAAUUUCAAAGCAUUAAAUUAUGAAGCCAAUUUUCCUUUAAGUCAUAUUUGAUAUGUAUUUUUUUAACAACUGAAGGUAACAUAGCUACUUGAUUGUUCUACAUGUGCCCCCAAAAACACAAUACUUUAAUGUUAGGAUUUCAUGCAACAAUAUCUGAAGUGUGAUGUACAUUUGUAUUCAGUUUCCUUGAGUCAAUACUUGUGUUUUGCUGCAAUUCCAAGCCUCUACCAGUUUUGCACAUCUACAGAGCGUUUGUUUUCCAGACUGAAUGUAUGGAUGUUUCUUCUGCUUGAUGAGCUUUAAUACAAAUACUACAAAUGUGAACUUGUGUCAUGGAUUCCAGGACAUUAGCUUUUUCAUUAAUAUCAUCUGACUGAACACCUCUUUUGUUUUUGGCCAUGAGUGUGUCUUUCAGAGCUCUGAGGUCAGAAUGUCUCUGAUGUUGAUUAAAUAUCAGAGAAAUGAGUUUCUCUGAUAACGCCUGAUGACUGGGUUAAAAUCAAUCCAAUCAAAUCAGUGUGGUUGAAUAAAACCUACCAGUCUGUCUGACAACUGAAUAAUUUUCAAUUUAAAGUAAAAAUCAAGAACUAAUCAUUUCCAUAUUGAUGUCAGCAGGAGUCCAGCUGAGUCCAUGGAGGCAACUUCUUUUUUAACUUUCAGGUUGGCUAACAGUUGCAUACGUUCACCUGAGGCCUACAGAACAAUGCCAAACUAUGUGAUUAUUAAAUUUCAUAAGAGUGCUGUUUUACUUUGAGCUUUAUUUUGUGCCUUAUCAAUAGAAUUCUGUCACCAUCUUUUGUGCCUGACAAAAAAGGGCUGUUUCUAGAAAAAAAAGUCAGGAUUUGCUCUUAUGUUUAAAAUUUCAUUGCAUUGUGUGAAUCUGAAGUUUUUACCAAAUAAAGUUUUGAAAACAAAUUCAA